CCCCCACUCCCCGGAUUGACUUUCCUUCCGAAUUGAAUUUCCUUUUGUUUUUUGUCCUUUUCUAUGAAAGUUUUUACAAACAUGUUUCUUUCCUUACUCGUUCCCUAAGUUUGUAUGCUCAUUUACCAUUUAUGUUUGUUUCGGAGCUGAAACGCUACAAGUGGCGUACAUGUAAAAGCGGGUCAAAGCUUUAUUUAACCGUCUGGUCUCAUUUGAAUACCAUCGACAAAAUCUUUGACGUUUAAGUUUCACUCAAACCAUAUUUCAGAAAUCAGCAACUCACAGACUAUUAGACAAACAGUUUCGAUAUUUCACUCUUUUAAAACCAAACUAGACUAUUUAUAUUUAUCCGUUUAAUUUUCUAACAUCGCAAAAUAGUCGGUAUCAAAUUGACUUUCGACGUCUCUUUUUCAUCUUUAUUGAUGCGACACAUUUAUUUGCUCCAUCAGAGAGAAAUAGAUUAUUUGAAGAUAAGGAUUCAAAUUAACAACAAGAAAGAGCAAAUUUAUAUAUUUUUAAAUUUCGUUUGGUACACUUCUGGUUGCUUUCUGUACCAUAUUAAUUGCCAACACUGAGGAUUAAAAAGUGUGUUUCAACCCAACUUGAUUUCAAUUGACAGUUAAUUCAAACAGUAUUAUUAUUUGCAUCAGCAACAGCAGAUCCAUAAUGGACGAAACUCAAGUAGAACAGCAACAAUCAAACCCCGAUCAAGCUUCGAAUACUCCAGAAGAGAUAAGUGUGUACCCGACUGCUCCAGUGGAACUGCCUUCAUUCUGUGAACAGUUUCACAAAAAUGUGAUCAGUGAAGAUGAAAUCGCAGACGCUUUCGGGGAUUACGUUAUCAGCAAAGCUUGCUGUUCAGCGCCGGAUAAUCCAAAAAAGGACGUUGCCGUCGCUCAAUUUUCAACUAAGUUCAAACUGAGAUACAAAUUGAGCAGCUAUGUUGAAAAACGGGAGCGUCAAACAAGAACUGAGAAAAUGGCGGGACACAUGAAUAUGAAUAUGAUGGGAAACGGAACUGGAAUGAUGGGAGAUAUUGGGGGUUUACUUAACAUGGGUGGAAUAAAUAAUAACCCAUACGGCAUGACGGGACCCGCGAACGUGAACAUAAAUGUGAACGUAAUGAACAAUUCUGGAAUGAUGCCACAACUGCAGAUGGAUUCAAAACCCGUUGUUACUAGCAGCGACUUGUGGUCGAAUGACAUGAGACCAUCGUCUGAUUGGUGGGAGGGGAAGUUGGAGGUGGAGACGUCACGUGACACUGACAGGUGUUUCCACUGCCAGUGCACAGGGCGUGACCAGUGUUUCUUCUGCAAUGGCAGUGGCACCAGUGGGGAGGAGGGGAACUCCUGCUUCCAAUGUAAAGGCAGAGGCUGGAAGGCUUGCUUCCAUUGUGGAGGCAGUGGAAUGGUCAGCCGUGUUCAGCUAGUCGUAGCAGAGUUUGAAGAGAAAGAAGAUUUCCACUUCGAAGGAACUGUAGUCCAGGUAUCCGAGGAGAAGUUGGAAGACGUUUCGGGGAUCCCAAUCUAUAACGACGAGAACUAUCCCCCCAUAGCACCUAUGCCCCACUACCCCGAAUCACCUACACUUGAUGACGCAGUUAUGAAGCUUCUGAAGGAACACUACAACAAAUACGCAGUGAAGGAGAGCGACCAUAAGCGAAUUCUGAAACAGAAGCAGUCUUUAAUUGCCAUCCCCGUCACAGAAGCUGAUCUGACCUACAAGGACAAAGAUUACAAAGUAUGGAUAUUUGGAUCAGAAAGGAAGAUUAGUUGCCCAGAAAUGCAGAGUUCCUGUUGCUCUAUUUUGUGAAAACAAACAAAAGAUGCAAAACAUUAUAAGUAAAUAAUUUUAUUUAUUUA